CCAAACUGCCACUAUAAAAACCAAUCCCCGCUCUCUCCGCGAACUGGUAGAGUAUUUCUAGACAAUUUUACUCCUCCUCCUUCAGAUCUCUCUCUCUCUCUCUCUCUCUCUCUCUUACAAGCGCCACAGGAGUGAUCCAAAGAGAUUGCAAAAGAAGAGGAACCAUGGUGAAGAUCUGCUGUAUUGGAGCUGGAUAUGUCGGAGGGCCAACUAUGGCCGUCAUAGCACUUAAGUGCCCAUCCAUUGAGGUGGCUGUAGUUGAUAUCUCUGCUCCUCGAAUUAAUGCCUGGAACAGUGAUCAGCUUCCAAUUUAUGAGCCAGGUCUUGAAGAAGUGGUGAAGGAGUGCCGUGGCAGGAACCUCUUCUUUAGCACAGCUGUGGAGAAACAUGUAUGUGAGGCAGAUAUAGUCUUUGUUUCUGUCAACACUCCCACCAAGACCAGAGGUCUCGGAGCAGGCAAAGCUGCAGAUCUAACAUACUGGGAGAGUGCAGCCCGCAUGAUUGCUGAUGUCUCAAAAUCUGACAAAAUUGUUGUUGAGAAAUCAACAGUUCCAGUCAAGACAGCUGAGGCCAUUGAAAAAAUUCUGACUCACAACAGCAAAGGAAUUAACUUCCAGAUCCUCUCAAAUCCUGAGUUUCUUGCAGAGGGAACUGCAAUUCAGGAUCUUUUCAAGCCCGACAGGGUCCUCAUUGGAGGCCGGGAAACCCCUGGAGGCCAGAAAGCUAUUCAAGUGCUAAAAGAUGUUUAUGCUCAGUGGGUUCCUGAAGAUUGCAUCAUCACCACCAAUUUAUGGUCUGCUGAGCUCUCAAAGCUUGCUGCAAAUGCAUUCCUGGCACAGAGAAUCUCAUCUGUUAAUGCCAUGUCAGCGCUUUGUGAGGCAACUGGAGCAGAUGUUACUCAGGUAUCUUAUGCUGUUGGAAAAGACACAAGAAUUGGUCCCAAGUUCCUCAAUGCUAGUGUUGGAUUUGGUGGCUCUUGCUUCCAGAAGGACAUUCUGAACCUGGUUUAUAUUUGUGAGUGCAAUGGCCUUCCUGAGGUGGCAGAGUACUGGAAGCAAGUUAUCAAGAUAAAUGAUUACCAAAAGAAUCGUUUUGUCAACCGCUUGGUUUCCUCAAUGUUUAAUACAGUUGCGAAUAAGAAAAUUGCUGUCCUAGGUUUUGCUUUUAAGAAAGAUACUGGCGAUACAAGAGAGACCCCAGCUAUUGAUGUCUGCAAGGGGCUUUUGGGUGACAAAGCAAGGGUGAGCAUAUAUGACCCACAAGUGACUGAGGAUCAAAUCCAGAGAGACCUUAAUAUGAACAAGUUUGAUUGGGAUCAUCCCUUGCACCUCCAGCCAAUGAGUCCCACCACUGUCAAGCAAGUCAGUGUAGUUUGGGAUGCCUACGAGGCAACCAAGGAUGCCCAUGCUGUAUGCAUUCUCACAGAGUGGGAUGAGUUUAAGACUCUUGAUUACCAGAGGAUAUAUGAGAACAUGCAGAAACCAGCUUUUAUCUUUGAUGGUAGGAACAUUGUCAAUGUGGAUAAGAUGAGGGAGAUUGGGUUUAUUGUGUAUUCAAUUGGAAAGCCACUGGAUGCCUGGCUCAAGGACAUGCCUCUGUUGCUUAAAAUGCAGCCUUUGAUCUUGUGGCUUGUAUCAGGACCAGUGAAGAUAGAAGUGAAGCAGUCAGCGGGAUUCAUUACCAUUUUUUUUUUUUUUCCAUAGACUCAGUUUCUGGUCUUUACGUUUUUGUUUUGUAGUCAAGAGGACCUUUGGCGUCGCUGUCUCCAUUUUAAGUAAGAAGCUUUGUGUUUACCCUUACAUUGUAUUUUGAUGAUACUACAUUUUUGCCGUUGGCUGUAAGGACCUGAUUUCUUCCUUUUUUGGUUUAUAAAAUGAUUACGAGUUCUAGAAA